CACUGAAACGUCGCGGGGGUAGGACGUCUGCGCGCCGCAAGCAUCGCCCGCACUCCGCUCGAAAAAAUAUAUUCGAAUAAUUUUAAUCAAAGUUCACUAUUGACUCUUAACUGUUAUAGACGUAUUGCAUGUGAUUUAUUUUCGAGUGGACCUGAAACUUUUUCUUUUUUUUAGGUCAAAAUUUAAGUGUUGCUAAAGUGGUAGUGUCGAGUUAAUGAAUGUUGACGAUGUUGACAGAUGAGCGUGGUAAAUUAUGAAGAAAGAUAUAGAACUGAAAGAGAUAAAGAAACACAAAGCUACACUCUUAUGAUGGUGGCGCACCUCAAGCCCGCAUCCACAAGUUAAGAAGAAACAGGACUUGCGUUACCAAAAAGCCAAGAAAGUCUGAAGACAGUGCACAUCAUAUGAUCUAAAUGCCUUAUUUAAGAGAAGAGUGCGCUGCCUUAAGGCGCCGACUAUGUUUGACUCGACCAAGGGCGCACUACUCGUAGCGCCCUCUUUGUCCAACAGCUCGUGUUGGCUGAAUGGCAAGGGCUGGCCUUCCACGUUCCCAGCACCAGCUGAUAUUUUAAAAGCAUUCUUCAUAUUCGCACUUUCUAUGUCAAUUGUUUUUGGGAACUUGGUUCUGAUCUGCGUUUUGAAUAACAGGAGGUAUAUCAAGUAUAUUGAUAACCAGCCCAGAUACUUACUGACCUCGCUCGCAUUGAACGAUUUAUUCACGGGAAUCUUGAUAGCCCCAGUGGCUCUCCUGCCGGCUUUGUACAAGUGCUGGCCAUACGGAGAGAUAUUCUGUCAAAUACAGGCUCUCCUGCGUGGAGCAGUGAGUCAACAAAGUGCGGUUAUAUUGGUCUGCAUGGCUAUCGACAGAUAUUUGUAUUUGUUGCACCCGGACACCUAUCACAAACAUUCGAGUAAAAAAGGCUGCGUUCUUGUGAUAAGCAUAACUUGGAUACUAUCAGUUUCGCUGUUCGCUAUCAUGGUGCUACCGAGGUCUGGUUACUACUUCAACUCAACGGGGCUCAUGGCGUGCGAUGUCUUCCAUAGCAGAGUUGCUUUCAGGAUAUUAUCAUGCUGCGCCUACUACUUCCCUACUACAAUGGCGUUGAUGUACUGUUACGGCUCUGGGUUCCACGUCAGCAAGACCAGGGGGAAAUUCGACCCAGAACCUCUGAGACCCAACGGAGUGCCUGUACCGUGUGCGAAGACUUCGCACGGUGAACAUGAAGUGGUGAUUCAAGCCCCAGUAAGGCCACACAGCGUGAGCACGUCACGUACUAUGGCUGCGAUGUCAUUAGGUUUCAUCGUUAUGGUCACUCCGGCCACUAUUCAGGAAGUAGUUGCGGCUUGUACCGGCUGCAAGGUACCUCCUUCCCUGGACUUCAUCGUCACGUGGUUGGCGCUAAGCAACAGUUUUUGGAAUCCAUUUCUAUAUUGGCUAUUAAAUAGUCAUUUUAGAAGGAUUAGUCAUGAAUUGCUACAGUACUAUGUUUGCUGUCGGAGAUCAAAAUCUUUCCCAAGUUACGAGAAACCCACAACAGGAUGUUGUGGGUCCCCCGUCACAUCCGAUGGUUUACAUUCAAAAGGCGAAUUUGAGGGCCUCGGAGAAAAGUACUGGGGCGAGAUAUUAGAACGUACUGUAUCAUCAUCAUCCCUUCACGCUAUUCAGAAAGCAUGCCAUCGCGAUCCUCUGCGAUGUACCGGUUCCUUCAAAGGCUGCUCAAGUAGUACUUGUAAACAAGACCCAAGAUUCUUCGAUGGCUAUGGCCCAACAGACUACAGACAGCUAGACAGAUCAGCCUUCCAAAUUGAAUCUUGUUCACGACAAUGUAGACUGAAGAACUCAGACAUGUGCCUGUUUAGACCAAGCCCCGGUCUGGAAUGCGGACGAUCUCGUUCCAAUUUAAGUUUAGAUGAGGGCAACUUCAACAAGACUUGUAAUGGUAGGCAUCCGGAGUUGUGAGAGUUCCGAAACUGUCCGGUUUUCGGGCAUAGAAGUAAUAGCAUAAGUAUGUAUCCAGGUGUGGAACAUUUUAAUUCAAAUAUAAAGUGGAAGUUUGACGAUUCGCCUGGUGUUGACGAUGACAUGCAAAAUUUAGAACAUAAUCUCGAUAGAAUACGCAGUUUAAGUCACGAGAGGAGUUUUAACGCGUACGGACUGAAAGAGAACGAUAAUUUAUUGGAGGUUGAAGUGAAUGAUAUAGUGGAGGACGACUCCGAUGAAAACAAAGACUACGGUAACGGUUGUGUUCAUGACAUUCAUGACGAAAAAAGUGAAUACAGUGCUCAUAAAUUCUCUCGUACUUCGUCGUUAUCUAAUAGAGAACUUGACGUUAUCAAAGAGAGCUCGAGGAGCUCCAGUGACACCGAAGUGACGUUAACGCGAUGACUUCCGAGGGUUACCUUUGACAAAGCGGUUAAUGUUGUUCAUUUGGAUUUAUCCCCGGAACAUAGACACCAAUGUAAACAAAAGUGUAUAUCGACAGUUAAAAGACAUCCCUAGUUGUUUGAUGGUUUAGAAGAGAAAUAUUAGUUUUAAGUACAUGUGGACCAGUAGCUUCGGGUCUGAUUUCUGUAAAUGAUUCAAUAGUGUGUGAAUGUGGUUUAUGAACGUCGAGGAACAUUGUGCCAAUAUUAUAGAUGUAGAACAUUGUGAGCUCCAACCUACCUCUUUGGGAGACACGAAUGGUUUUGUGUAAAUAAUUUUCCCUGAAGAAUAGUAUAUUGUAUAACGUUAAUAUUUAUACCGAGUAUGAAUAGAUACCGAGUGUUAACAAGUUUUAGUAUCAGAUCAAGUAAAGGAAGUUUUGUAUUUUUUGUAAUAGUGGAAUCGGAGUAUUAUGAAAUUGUAUUUAUACAUUAUAAUAAAAGAGAUUUUGUGUAUUUCUAAUUUUAAUGUCGUAUUAAAUUAGUUGAACUACUACUGUAUUUCUUUAUAACUUCAUGUAUUAAACAUUCACUGAUACAAAAUGUGAAUUUAUUCCGUAUGUAAAUAAUAAUAAGACUGUUUGAAGGGAAAUUCUUAAAGUUAUUCAGAUCGCACAAUACUUUUCUUCUAUACAUAAUGGAGUAUUAAUUAAUAAACAUUGUUGAUGUCUACUUAAAUGUUAAAUCAGCAAAC